GAUUGAAAAUAUUUUAUUUACAGCGGACUUGGUCUAUUUAUUUUUAAAGUUAAAAUUCUUUAACACCAGUUAAUAUCAACGUUUUAUAUAUCCAUGUGAAUGGCAUUGAUGCUAAAAUACAGCAACGAAAAACGACUGAAUUGAACUAACAUAUUUAUUUUACAAUACAAUUCCUUAUUAACAUAUACUGAGAUUAAAAAAAAAUGGGAGCAAGUUGACCAAAACGCAGAAGUUGGGUGCGUUUUUAAAAUUCUCCCAAAGGUUUUGUUGAAUUUGCCUCCCAAAGUAGUCUCCAAUUAGAAAUUCCAUUUCGCCGUCUUCUUCCUGAUUCGUAGGGAAGAUCAGUUAAAUUCCGCCUCCAGCCCAGUCUCGCCGCCGCAUCCGAGAGCCAUGAACACGCCGCCGAGCUCUCGCGUCGCAUCGUUUGGUCAGACGGAGAUUAACUGGGACAAGCUAGACAAAAGGAGGUUUUACGUUAAUGGAGCUGGACUCUUCACUGGCGUCACAGUAGCUCUCUACCCUGUCUCCGUCGUCAAAACACGCCUUCAAGUCGCUUCCAAAGACAUCGCUGAGAAAAGCGCCUUCUCUGUGGUUAAAGGCAUUCUCAAAAACGACGGCGUUCCUGGUCUCUACCGAGGCUUCGGCACUGUGAUCACAGGCGCUGUGCCAGCGAGGAUCAUAUUCCUAACUGCAUUGGAGACUACAAAGAUCUCUGCUUUUAAGUUGGUUGCGCCUUUGGAGCUGAGCGAGCCUACGCAAGCUGCUAUUGCUAACGGCAUUGCUGGGAUGACGGCUUCUCUUUUCUCACAGGCCGUGUUUGUCCCUAUUGAUGUUGUUAGCCAAAAGUUGAUGGUGCAGGGGUACUCAGGUCAUACUAAGUACACUGGUGGUAUUGAUGUCGCCACGAAGAUCAUCAAGUCGUAUGGCGUAAGGGGAUUAUACAGGGGGUUUGGUCUGUCUGUUAUGACGUAUUCUCCUUCAAGUGCUGCUUGGUGGGCUAGCUAUGGAUCAAGUCAGCGUGUUAUCUGGAGACUCUUAGGCUAUGGUAAUGACUCGAAGGCUACUGCUGCUCCUAGUCAGUCAAAAAUUGUACUCGUCCAGGCUUUGGGAGGUAUUAUCGCCGGUGCAACAGCGUCCUCGAUCACGACACCAUUGGAUACAAUCAAAACUCGGCUGCAGGUGAUGGGACACCAAGAGAAUAGACCAUCAGCUAAAAAAGUGGUGAAGGAUCUGAUAGCGCAAGAUGGGUGGAAAGGGUUCUAUAGGGGUUUAGGUCCAAGAUUCUUCAGCAUGUCCGCUUGGGGAACCUCGAUGAUAUUGACUUACGAAUACCUAAAGCGUCUGUGUGCAAUAGAAGAUUAGAAAAGGCCUCACUACUACUAUUCGUUGGUUUUUUCUCCUUGGACUAACUCGAAUAGACAUGAUUCGAAUUUUGGUUAUUGGGAGCUUUCCGUUUUUAUACAUUCCGACCAUUCUUUCAGAUUUGAAGUGUGAGUUCCGUUAUUGUAAUCAUUCUUUUGCGUAUUUGGAGUGUAUUCUUACAGCAGAAGAAACGCUAGAUAAUGGUCUUCUUCUUUAUUAGCUUCUGAGAGUUUAAGAAGCACUGUCAGUGGUUUUUGAAAUCCCAUUUUGCCAUCAGUU